UAACUUCUGGUGUAUUUUCUGAUUCAUGAUGAGUCAGAUGGAAAAGGUGUCAGAAGAAAGCUAAAAAUUGUAUUAAAAGCAAUGAAUGUGUUGAUUACCUCGUCAACUCGUCUUCAAAAAGAUUCCGCCGAGGAAGCGGGCAAUGUUGGUCCAGAAUCUUCAUCAACAUCGCUCAUAAUUAAUCCCUUAACUGUGCGUAUAUUUUAUCGAAACGAUAAUAUUAAAGAGUGCAUAACAGCAACCCGCAAUAGUCCAAUGACGUACUCAUCUCAAAAAUCAGUAUUAUCACUAAGACGACUAGUCUCGGGCUUUGAUGAUAAAUCGACUUAUUUGUAUGCAAGAGCCAUCCAUGAAGAGUUUGAUGUAGACCAGUUAAUGCCAGCAAUUGUUUUCACCGUAUGUGACCUUCCACACAGCCAAGGAUAUGGGUCAUUAGCCAGCUCUUCAGGAAACCUGCAUCGAGAUUUUUACAAGUCUUAGCUUUAUCCUUAAAUAGUGAACUACCUGUCGACUUUUCGUCUGCGUUAACCGCAUUCAAUAACGCCAAACUUCAGAAAAAAACCCAAGACAUUGUCUAUAGUUUGAAAGAGUUUGUCAGCUUUUGUUGAUAAUUUGGAAAGCAUUGUGGAUCAAGGACCAAGAUCACCAGGGGUUUUGGCAAUGGAGGUGAGCUUUUCAGCUAUUGCUGAUGAUAUCGCUAAAGCUGCUACUUCGGCAAACCGGCAAAUUAAGAGAAAUGUGCAUUUACGUUACAAAGCCUGUAUCAUGAACGUAGAAUACAUAACAAAAUACCCUAACAGAGCAAUAGUUGAUCACGAAUAUAGCAAAACCAAG